AUGGCUAGCAUGAGUCUCCAUUGGAAUCGUUUGGAUAAGAAGCUAGUGGAGGUAUUCGAGGGAAAAGGUGUAACCCUUCUUGACCGACUUCACGGGAGACGGAUUGCGAACUCCACCCUAGCGACGGAGGAGGUGAUAGCGUCGGAUUCCCUGACUAGGUCAGAGCCUUGCAUGGACUCUGCCCUACAUGCUUCUCGAGCGGAGGGCUCUAGACCUAUUCCUCCUAACCUUCACUCGAAGGGCGUGAAAUUGGAUUUCGACUUUGGCAAGCCUCACGCGGUAUUUACGAGGGCUACAUCGAAAGGGUUCAUCCUAAAUAAGUGCUCGGAGAGUGCACAAGACGAUCAACUGAUCAUGAUGUCCCCUACCAAGCGGAAGCGUUCUGGUCGUGACUUAAAAAGUCGAAGCCUGAAUGAUCUAUUUGAUCCUCUGGCUCCUGAUGCUAUAAGUUCUGAGCGUACCCCGGAAGAUCCUGUUGCUACCAUUUUUCACGAAUGUCCAAUCGGGCUGGACAACAAGAUGAAGUGUGUGGAGGAUGAGGCAGAGGUGCCUCAUUUGGGCAAAGCAUAA